CAGGAGGAGGGAGAAGACAAGAGCGGCCGGUUCGCCGGCAGCCAGUAGGGAGGCCGCAGGGACCCGGCGACGUCGGAGGCUCUAAGGUGGACAGAGGCCCCCACCACCGUACUGCUGACGCGCCCCUGGAUCCCUUCUGGCUCACACUCGCGCCCCCAGUCUUGCUUGGUGCCGUGGAGCGGCGGCAGAGGCGGCAGAUCCGAGGAGGGCAGAUCCCCAUCUGCUAAAUGCCAAGGUCUGCACUUUCUGUGCCCAGUCAAGGCGUUGGCGGAUCUCACCCAGCCAGACCCCUCUGAAUCGCGGGUCUGCACUUCUGCUUCCCCAGCCAGGAGUCACCAAGAUGCCCAUACUGGAAAAAGCUCCCCAUAAGAUGGCAGCAAAACCGCCCAGCAGUGAGGAGGAGUCUGAGUUGCCCAAACUUCCAGUGCCCCCACUGCAGCAGACCCUGGCCACUUACCUGCGGUGCAUGCAGCACCUAGUACCUGAAGAACAGUUCAAGAGGAGCCAGGCCAUUGUGCAGAGGUUUGGGGCCCCUGGUGGCCUUGGUGAGACCCUGCAGCAGAAGCUCCUGGAACGACAGGAGAAGACAGCCAAUUGGGUGUCUGAGUACUGGCUGAAUGACAUGUAUCUCAAUAACCGCCUGGCCCUGCCUGUAAACUCCAGUCCAGCUGUGAUCUUUGCCCGCCAGCACUUUCAAGAUACAAAUGACCAGCUAAGGUUCGCAGCCAACCUCAUCUCUGGCGUGCUCAGCUACAAGACCCUGCUGGACAGUCACUCCAUCCCCACCGACUGUGCCAAGGGCCAGCUGUCAGGGCAGCCACUCUGUAUGAAGCAAUACUACGGGCUCUUCUCCUCCUACCGCCUCCCUGGCCACAUCCAGGAUACACUGGUGGCCCAGAAGAGCAGUGUCAUGCCCGAGCCAGAGCAUGUCAUUGUGGCCUGCUGCAACCAGUUCUUUGUCUUGGAUGUUGUCAUUAAUUUCCGCCGUCUCAGUGAGGGGGAUCUGUUCACUCAGUUGAGAAAGAUAGUCAAAAUGGCUUCCAACGAGGAUGAACGCUUGCCUCCAAUCGGCCUGCUGACGUCAGAAGGGAGGAGCGAGUGGGCUGAGGCCAGGACGGUCCUCGUGAAAGACUCCACCAACCGGGACGCACUGGACAUGAUUGAACGCUGCAUCUGCCUGGUAUGCCUGGAUGCCCCGGGAGGCAUGGAGCUCAGCGACACCAACAGGGCACUUCAGCUCCUUCACGGCGGAGGCUGUAGCAAGAAUGGGGCGAACCGCUGGUAUGACAAGUCCCUGCAGUUUGUGGUGAACCGAGACGGCACCUGUGGUGUGGUGUGCGAACACUCCCCUUUCGACGGCAUCGUCCUGGUGCAGUGCACAGAGCAUCUGCUCAAACACAUGGUGAAGAGCAGCCAGAAGCUGGUCCGAGCCGACUCCGUCAGCGAGCUCCCGGCCCCCAGGAGGCUGCGUUGGAAAUGCUCCCCGGAAAUUCAAGGCCUCCUAGCCUCCUCAGCAGAAAAACUUCAACGAAUAGUAAAGAAUCUCGACUUUACUGUUUAUAAGUUUGACAUCUUCGGGAAAACAUUCAUUAAGAAGCAGAAAUGCAGUCCUGAUGCCUUCAUUCAGGUGGCCCUCCAGCUGGCCUUCUACAGGCUCCACAGGAGACUCGUCCCCACCUAUGAGAGCGCGUCCAUUCGCCGAUUCCAGGAGGGCCGCGUGGACAACAUUCGAUCAGCAACUCCAGAGGCGCUGAGUUUUGUGAGAGCCAUCACUGACCACAAGGCUGCUGUGCCGGCUUCAGAGAAGCUGCUGCUCCUGAAGGAUGCCAUCCGAGCCCAGACUGAGUACACAGUCAUGGCCAUAACAGGGAUGGCCAUCGACAAUCAUUUGCUGGGGCUGCGGGAGCUGGCCCGGGACAUGUGCAAGGAGUUGCCUGAGAUGUUCACGGAUGAAACAUACCUGAUGAGUAACCGGUUCAUCCUCUCAACCAGCCAGGUGCCCACAACCAUGGAGAUGUUUUGCUGCUAUGGUCCCGUGGUGCCCGACGGGUACGGGGCCUGCUACAACCCCCAGCCAGAGAGCAUCCUUUUCUGCAUCUCCAGCUUCCAUGGCUGCAAAGAGACAUCUUCUACCAAGUUUGCAAAAGCGGUAGAAGAAAGCCUCGUUGAAAUGCGGGACCUGUGUAGUCUGUCACAGUCUAUGGUGGGCAAGCCAUUGGCAACACAAGAAAAAGCAACAAGGCCCAUUCAAGGGCACCAACCUUGACUCCUGCCACUAGAUUUCACCUCCCCAAACCCAGCAUUCUGCCGCUGCUAGACCCUGCCAAACCCCUGCUUCCCACCCUCUCCCCAGCUUUCAGUAGCUCCCAUCCUCAGGGCCCAACACAGAGACCACACUGAGGCAUCACACAAAGCAGGAGUGUUAGGAGGAAAGUGUCCCUCCUUACUCAUGGGAAUUGUCAUCAUUUACCAAGGUUACCUCUAGCCUGUGUACUGGGAAAUAAGACUGGCCUGGCUCUGAGGCAGCCUUGGUGAGAUGGGGAAGUCUACACUGCCUUCCCUGUGUGGUAUCAGAAGCUUAAUGUUGGUGUUUGCUACCCGAGCAGGACCUAGUAUGUCCAGGUGAGAUUUUUGCCCCAAAAAAGAAUGAGUCAACCUAUUACAUGCAGUGUCCCUACAUGAAUCAUGAAGAAAGAGGCUAACUCCAGGUCAUUACCUCUUUUUGUGGGGGGAAGAGUAGGGGCCUUUGUUUUCAGAUUCACAGCAGUCUGAUCAUGGCAUUCAGGGUGGCCUGCACUGAGCCAGACAGUGCUGUAAACACCCCCUCCCCUACACACACACACACACACACACACUCACUCACAUAUACACACAGCCCAAGUUAUUUUAAAAUGUAGUGACCCAGGCCCAAAACCACAUGUCUCCUGGUUUUCAUCUAAUCUCCUAGGGGCAGCCUUCCAUUGAGUUUGGAAAAUCUGGUCCUGCUAUUUUGAAAGGGGAAAAAGAACCAUCUGCCAUUGCCCUAGAGUGGUAUUGCUCUCUGCUUCCCUGGGGUGGGGGGGGGGGGCAUUAAGGACACUCCAGCAGAGUAAGCAGCACAGUGCCCACCAAGCAGCAGGGAUGGAAGGAGGACCAGUCUACGUCCCCAAGGAUCCUGCCACUCACAUUUUUUUUUCUCAUUCCUUCCCCACUUCCCUUCACAGGAAUCAUGCCCUUAUAGGUGAUCUGCCUUCUACAGAGGAGAGGGUUACUUUGGGGGUUUUCUGCUCUUGUUCAUUUGUUUUGUUUUAUUCAUCUUUAAAAUUUUUUUUAAUGUUUAUUCAUUUUUGAGAGAGAGAGAGAGGGAGAGAG